CUAGCGUGCCGUCCCAGGUUCAUAGUGUUGCGUGUUGGUGCAUGUUCGGACGAGGUUUUCGUGGGCUGUAGCAUUCGAGGUUUGUAGGCUGGUUUCUUCGGGGAUCGGCGUGGUUUGGUCUUGGUGAGGGUCGAAAAUUGCUUGUGGGGAUCAAUGGACUGGUGUGGCUUUAGUUUUGUGCUGAUGAUGCAGGAGUAGGCGGCGAAUUCGGUGGUAUUCUGAUUGCAAGCUUGAAACUUGACUCGUCGUUUGUGAGGAUCCGCGUUGUGUUAAGCUUCGAGAAUCGACAGAAGAGAAACAAGACUGCGUGCUUUUUAUGUGGGACGAUGCGAGCGGUGGCUCGCGCGGUGCGCGCUCGAGUGCCGCACAAGCUGUUUGACUGGCGGCGAUGCCACCCACGAGCAGUGUCUGUAGCAGAACUUUCUCGUGACAGGAAGCCCUACUCACGUGCAGGUCAUUGGAAGUGCGCAGAGGUUGCUGCUAGUCAUGGCUUGCAGGAAACCUAUACUUUUGCAAUUAGGGGCCUGUUCACCCAUGUCGAAGCUUCAGAAUCUGGUUCAGUUGAUGAGUAUAAACCAGGUCCGCUAGCAGAAUACGAACACCGGAUUGCUACUGGAGGGUUGAAACCUGGCGAUAAAUUCCAGGAAAGGGCAUUGAUGGAACUUCAAGAAUUGUACGAAAAUCUGAUGAGAGAUGCACCUGAUAUUGGGCUGGAGAAGAAUACGCCUCGCAGUUCUCAACGGAACAGUGGAGGGGGUUGGCUGUUCAAGCAUUUUGUGUCCAAGUCUGUAACUAAAUCUCCACGAGGGCUUUACUUGUACGGCGGUGUUGGAACGGGAAAGACCAUGGUCAUGGACAUGUUUUAUGAACAGUUACCCAAAACAUGGAGGAAGAAACGGAUUCACUUCCACGAUUUCAUGUUAAAUAUUCAUAGCCGUUUACAAAGGAGCCGAGGUAUGACUGAUCCACUAGACAUGGUAGCCGAGGAAAUUGCUGAAGAAUCGAUCUUAAUAUGUAUUGACGAAUUCAUGGUUACAGAUGUAGCCGAUGCUCUCAUUUUGAAUCGACUCUUUGAGCAUUUAUUUAGACAUGGAAUUGUAAUGGUGGCAACCUCUAACAGGGCACCUGAGAAGCUUUAUGAGGGUGGAUUGCAACGGGAUCUAUUUCUACCGUUUAUUGCAAAGCUCAAAGAGCGCUGUGUGAUCCAUCAAAUAGGCUCAGUUACUGACUAUCGAAGAUUGACAGCUGCUGAGACUGGGUUUUAUUUCAUGGGACCUGGAGCUUCUGAAACUUUACGAAAGGUGUUUUUGGCUGAGUUAGAUGGAGAGGAAGCCAAUCCAACGACGGUAGAAGUUAUCAUGGGCAGAAAAUUACAUGUCCCUAUGGCAGGUGCAGGCUGUGCCUAUUUCCAGUUUCACGAGCUAUGUGAGAUGCCUUUGGGUGCUGCGGACUUCUUCGGGCUGUUCAAAAACUUCCAUACGUUGGCAUUAGACAACGUCCCUAUAUUAGGUUCUCACAACCGAUCAGCAGGGUAUCGGUUUGUUACCCUAGUAGAUGUGAUGUAUGAUCACAGGGCACGGUUUAUGUGCUCAGCGGAGGGGACACCUAAAGAGCUAUUUGAAAAGAUAGUGACUCGAGCCGAUGCUCCUCAAUUCAAGGAUGACACUCGCUCCACUCGUCACGAGGACGCAGACUUAUUGGUAGAUGAUGAACUUGGAUUUGCAAAGGACCGCACAAUGAGCAGAUUGACAGAAAUGCACAGCAAGGAAUAUCUGAAGGAACACGCUGAAGCGCAUAUGAGCAGUGAACAUCCUUUGCCGGCAGUACGAGAAGCCUGAUACUUAAUUGAUAUGGUAAUAUUAUUUAUGUUGGAUUCAUCGGAACCAACCAAUUGUUAUGGACACUAGUAUCUACCCAAAACAUUUAAAUUGAAGUAUCAAAUUUGAACUUCUCUUGAAACAGUCAAUUGCGUAAUGAACUCAUUUUGUGUAUAUUAUAUUUUGUCA